AUGGGUCCGAUCGAGUUGAAUAAGCGACGGAUCUUCUUCCUGGUCGCCGGUAUAGUCGCAUUCUACAUCGUCUUCCACGUCCUGUCAUUUUCCGGUGACAGGUUUCGGGAUGCAUCUGCUCACAUUCCCAUCCCGGGCCAUUUGACUCCGACCGGUCACAAACAGCCAGUCCCCUCUGAUCCGGACGACAUGUGGGACCUUGACCCGGAACCCUCUCCUGUUGUCGAGCCCGCUGCGGACCCGACGAAUCCUUCUUCUCCGCCCCCGUCACAUGCUGUGGAACACUUCGACCUGCACCCCAUUGCACGGUUAAUGCAGGAGGCUGACGACCAGUGGAGAGUCUAUGAGACUGGCAUAUCCACCACCUUCAGACAGACGGUGGAGAAGUAUCGAAGCAAGUAUGGCAGACAUCCUCCUCCGGGGUUCAAAGAAUGGUACAAGUUUGCGCGGAAGAGAAAUGUCUUCAACGUCGACGACUUUGAACAAAUCAUGGACGACCUGCGACCGUUUUGGGCCGUCAAUGCUUCGGAGAUUCGCAUUCGGGCUGCUCACAUGUGGGAGAAUUCUGAUUUUGGAGUUGCUGUCAUCCAUAUCCGCAAUCAUAAAAUUGUCCGAGUCGACAAUCCGAGCUGGAGGUCCGAAACCAUGGAAGAGAUCAUCGGCAAGUUUAUCCAGUUCCUCCCGGACAUGGAUAUCCCUAUGAAUCGGCUGGAUCAGCCUCGCGUGGUGGUGCCGUGGGAGGAUAUGCAGGAAUUGUUGAAGAAAGAAUAUGAGACUCGAACCAUGCCCCCCGAAGUCAUGGACAGCUUUACCCAGGAACCCAAGGACCUUUUGGACAUGAGUAUUAAGGACAAAGAGGAAGACAAUUCAACCCGGCUUGACGAUGAAUGGUUUUUCGCACCGGGUCAACAGUACAUGAAGAUUGCUGCCAAAGCAUGUCCACCGGACUCUCCGGCGCGGACCGACAUAACCACCAAGGAGGCUGACAGGCUCUACAAAGAAUCAACAGCGGGAAUCGUGACCAAUUUCAAUCUUUCUUCCGACCUCUGUACUGUGGGCCCCACGAUACAGGAUCUUCAUGGUAUGCUUUAUUCGGCCAGUAGCAUUAUUGCCUCUCACAAGCUUGUUCCGAUCUUUGGCGAAUGCAAGGUUAAUGUCAACAAUGACAUUCUCUUCCCGGCCAACAUGUACUAUCGACAUGAUGAACGGUAUGACUACAAUGGUGAAGAAGAUGUCGAUUGGCGCGACAAGCAAGAUUCCAUUCUGUGGCGUGGUGUCACUUCCGGCGGCGUUCAGACGGAGGAUAAUUGGCCCACCAUGCACCGACAAAGGCUUGUUCGACUUUUCAACGGCACAUACACCGGGCAGUCAGGGACCGAGGUCAAGGUCCUCACGGAAAAGAGAGAAGAGCCGGCGAACGCGAAUAUCACGUAUGAGCUUUACGAUCGAUUUCAGCCCUCUCAAUUUGCCGACCGUCACAGCGAUGUCGGUUUCGUCGAAUCUUGGGGUUGCGUUCCGAAUUGCUCGUUUUACGACACGGUUUUCUCCUGGAAGCCUCAGGUCUCACUUACGUCGCAAUUCAAAUCGAAAUACUUGAUUGAUGUGGACGGUCAUUCCUUUUCAGGCCGAUGGCACGCAUUCCUACAAAGCAAGAGUCUCGGCUUGAAGGCGACCAUCUUCCGAGAGUGGCACGACAGUCGACUUUUGGCCUGGCGACACUUUGUUCCUGUCGACAACCGAUAUGACGACAUUUAUGCUCUCCUGACCUAUUUCAUCGGCUAUGGCAAACCCGACAUGGAGCAUGCGAUGGAAGGUGACGAUUUGAAUCCUCGGGUCUAUAUCGCGCCUCAUCGCAAGGAGGCCCAAAAACUAGCCCGACAGGGCCGCGAAUGGGCCCACAAGGUCCUCCGGAGAGAGGAUAUUGAGGUUUACAUGUUCCGACUGUUCUUGGAGUAUGGACGUAUCAUUGAUGAUAACAGAAACUAUAUCGGCUAUUCAGGCGAUGGUAGCGAAUUAGAUAAAUUCGAUGCGGGUGAAGAGAACGGCAGCAGAUGGGGUUUCGGAGGAUGGAAAAAGUGA